AUGCAUAUCCGCUCACUCGCCUCUGUGGCCUUCGUGGCCUUCGCCGCCCAGGCUUUCGCGCAACAGCAGACCAAGGUCUUCAAGCGCAGCAUCACCGCCGGAAGAGAUUUGGGUCUUAUGCGCCGUGCCGACGACGGUUACCAGCCCGCCGACGAAGUCUGCAACAAGGGUGGUAACACCUGCGCUGAGGCUUGCGGAACCGGCUAUGAGCAAUGCAAGUCCACCGACCAGGCCGUCCACUGCUUCAACCCGGCCGCCGGCGAGACUUGCUGCUCAACCACCACCGGAAACUCCUGCUUGUCAUCUUUCUACUGCACCCACGGCAGCAACAGCGACACGACCUGCUGCCCCAACGGCAUGAACCUCGCCGACUGCGCCGCAAAGCACGGCGUUAGCGGCCUCACCUCUGACCCACCCGUCGUCGCGAGCACUUCCGUUCCUCCCACCACCAGCAAGACCACCCCUCCCCCGACCACCAGCUCAACGCCGGCGCCGCCCACCACCACGUCUUCCGUCGUCGUCACCACCUCCAGCACUCCCGCCCCUUCGUCCACCCUCGCCCCCUCCACGUCUGCAGUGCCCAGCACUACCGAGGUGACCACCGAGGUCUCAUCUACCUUUGUUCCCAGCGCCGGUACCAGCACAGCCUUCGCCUCCAGCAACGGCACCACCCUGGCCACGACAUCGACUCGCUCUAGCGCGAGGAGUACCGUCCUCCCCUCGGCGGCGACCACCUCGGCAUCCGCCCCCAACCAAAACGCCGGAAGCAGCAACGGGCCCGCCGGCAUGGCGGUCCUCCUCGGUGCCGCCUUCGUCGCUGCGCUGCUCUAA